ACUCGUUCUCGCUCCCUCUCUCAUUGUACCCUUCCCCCUAAAAGCCGCUCCUAACAAGUAGGCGGUAAUUAUUAGUGAAAAUGGCGAUCAGCUAUUAGUCGUCAAAGCGGUACCUGCUAUUGGAGGGGCACUUGGGAUUGAUGAGACGAAGUGGCCAAUGAGACUGCUUGGAAUGAAUGACCGGGCUUCAGUUAAAGGGGGCGUAAGAGGAGCUAGUGCCAGUCCACGGUGAAAGAGGGACCCUCCGCGAUAAACACAGACAAGCGAAAGAAAUAAACACACCAAUCCGAACAACAAUCCGAGAUGCUGCAACAACCCGCACUCUCUCCGUGCGAGGACACCUAGUAAGAUAAUUAUUCAAUUCUUCCUGUGUGUUUAAACGCAAUCAGCAUUCACAGUUUCCAGAGGAAAAACGCAAAGGAAUCUCUUCGUUUCAUGGGGAUUUUUAGUAACAACUUAACUACCAGUGAAUAUAGACGUGUUUGUGUAGUUUUUUCCCCUACGAGCGGAUCAUCGCUUUGAACUUUACCUGAUAUGGUGUUUCCAUGCAAUGAAGUUGUGAAUAACCCUAACCGAAUAUAAUAUUGAAUUGUACUUUCCCCCCCCAAAAUUGUUUGUACACAAGCUGAUUCGAACGAAAUUCGCUUUGAGAGACCAUGUUACUGGACGCAGGUCACCAGUUCCCCGGACUGGGAGUUGGCACGUUUGCCAGGCAUCACACAGCGAGCGAGAUGCAGGAGAGAGACUUGAGUUUAGCACAAAAUAGCUUCGUCGACUCGGCACACAUGGGUGCGUUUAAACUGAACCAUGAUCUUUCUCCGGGACAGAGCUCAGCCUUCACCUCUCAAGCGCCCGGCUACCCCACAGCAGCAUUGGGUGCACACGCCGCCCAUGUCACCUCGUACGCGAGUUCCCCAUUCAACUCCACCAGGGACUUUCUUUUUCGCAGCCGCGGCUUCGGAGAAUCCUCUCCCGCGAGCAGUCAGCAUGCUAUUUUCGGCCCCACUACCGGGUCUCUCCAUCAUUCCCACACAGACAGUCAAGGCCACAUUCUGUUCCCCGGGAUUCACGACCAGCAUGGGUCCCACGGAUCCCCGAAUGUGCUCAACGGGCAAAUGCGUAUUGGACUACCAGGUGAGGUUUUCGGGCGUUCCGACCAGUACCACCAGGUCUCCAGCCCAAGGACCGACCCUUAUUCGGCCGCCCAGCUCCAUAACCAGUACAGCAGCAUGAAUAUGAACAUGGGUAUGCACAUGGGAGCUCACCAGCACCACCCUGGUGCCUUUUUCCGCUACAUGCGGCAGCAGUGCAUCAAACAGGAGCUCAUCUGCAAAUGGAUCGACCAGGAGCAGCUAAGCAACCCCAAGAAGAGUUGCAACAAAACUUUCAGCACAAUGCAUGAGCUGGUCACGCACGUCUCCGUGGAGCACGUCGGAGGACCGGAGCAGAGCAACCACAUUUGCUUUUGGGAAGAGUGCCCCCGCGAGAGCAAACCGUUUAAGGCAAAAUACAAACUGGUGAAUCACAUUCGGGUCCACACGGGAGAGAAACCCUUCCCCUGCCCCUUCCCUGGAUGCGGCAAGGUCUUCGCACGGUCGGAAAACUUGAAGAUUCACAAGCGCACACAUACAGGAGAGAAACCAUUCCAGUGUGAGUUUGAAGGCUGCGACAGGCGGUUUGCCAACAGCAGCGACCGAAAGAAGCACAUGCACGUUCACACAUCAGACAAACCAUAUCUUUGCAAGAUGUGUGACAAGUCCUACACACAUCCCAGCUCUCUACGAAAACACAUGAAGGUCCACGAAGCGGCACCCCCUCCAGCGUCCGACUCCUCGCCUGCAGCCAGUUCUGGUUAUGAAUCGUCCACUCCACCCGGUCUCGUCUCCCCUAACACCGAGACCCAAAGCAACAAUAAUCUGUCCCCCGCAGUCCACAACAACCACAAUGGUCACAGCAGCCUAUCGUCCAAUUUCAGUGAAUGGUAUGUUUAGGACUGAACCGAAAAGCGAAUACAAGACCAUUGCUCAGAACCCCUACCAGCGCAGGAGAUUCGGACACUUGUGCACCGAGGAGAGCACGAAUAACCUACUAUGAACGCUUCAAAAUCAUAAAAAGCGAUUCAAAACCACCAGGGAAGAAAUCUCACUUACCAACAGAAGAAAAUAUGUGAUAUGUUUAAGCUGUAUUCAAUAUAUUUGUAAAUAUUACACGCCCUCUUUCCCAUUGGUUGUGAUAGAUUUGGUCAGUCUGUGGUGUAUAGAUGUUCCUUCAAUGGUAGCUAUUUCUCUAACUGGACUUUUAGUGCACAUUUUACGAUUCAAGUUGUAUUAUGAUGUUAAAUAUUGUGAUCCUAAGGCAAAUUGAUUGUAACUAUACUAAACAUCUAUAAACUGGAAAGAGUGCCAAAGUCAACACUUAACUCAAACAGACCACAAUAUUUUGCUUGUGAAUGUAUAUUUAGUUUGCUGGGCUUAACUUGUGAUGUUUUGUGUUUUGGAAGUUUUGAAUUGUGAAAUGCUAUCUGGAAGAUUGUGAGGAAAAUAAACGUUGUGCCGUUGGAUUUUCUGUACCCCCUUCCUUUUGUAAAUAUCGACUGCCUUAUUUAUCCGUUUGUAAUUAAAUUAUGGUAUUUACUUGCUACAGAUGAAACAAUAUUUAUAAAGAAUGUUUCUUUACUAUAAAUAUGUACAAUUAUGAGCUAAACACGGGCAGUUGUUUUGUUAUGUGUUUUUGUUCAAAGUUAAAGAGGUGUUUUCUUCAUUAUUGUGAUAAGAAUUUUACUGCAUACAAAUAUAAUAAAAAGUGUUGCAAGCGUUAAAAAA